AUGACUUCCCCAGUGACAAGUAUCAUGACGUCAAUAGUGAAAGGUCACAAUACAUCCACAAGAAAAAGUCCAGAUACUUCCCUUGUGACCAGUCCCCAUAUAUCCCAAGUGACCACUCCAAAUACAUCCCAACUGAAUAGUCCACCUACAUCCAUGGUGACCAGUCCUGAUACAUCUCUAGUAACCAGUCCCCAUACAUUAACAGUAACACAAAGUCCCGAUAUAUCCAUAGUGACAAGUCCCCAUAUAGCCCCAGUUACCCUUUCGAAUAAAUCGCCAAUGACUAGUCCACAUACGACCCAAGUGACAAGUCCCGAUACAUACCUAGAAGCUAGUAAAACAACAAGUUUACUGAACAGUCCAUCAACGAUCAGCGCCAGUGUCCACUACGCCGACCCACCACUGUAUGUGAAAUCAGCUUCGCUAUACGGCAGACUCGGCAACCAGAUGUUUAUGUAUGCUUCCCUAGUUGGCAUAGCCAGGAUACAGAAUAGGAUACCUUGUGUAGAUGAUGGUCGGUUGAUAACGAAUGCGUUUAAUAUAAGUUUUAUUCAUCGGAUUGAUUCCACGGGCUGGACCGCUAUCAGCCUUAGUAGAUACGGCUUCUUUGAUAAAUCGUUCAUGAACUUACCCAAAGUAAACGUUACCAUUUCAGGCUAUUUUCAGUCCUGGAAGUAUUUUGUAUACGUUAAGAACGAUAUUCGACGAGAGUUCACAUUUCUUCCGAGCAUACAGGAGAAAACUGCCAAUUUUUACAGACGGUUACGGAAGACAAACGAAGACACGAUAUUCAUCGGUGUUCAUGUAAGGAGGACAGACUUUGUAAAGAAUAAAAAUAUUGUUAGAGGGUAUGGUGUACCGAAAAGGUCAUAUUUUAUAAAAGCGUUUGACUACAUGCGAAAUAUCCUGUCAAACAACACAAUGUUUCUUGUUGCCAGUGACGACAUGGAAUGGUGCAGACAAAAUCUGAAUGACACAGACGUGAAACUGUUAGAGCCGGACUCAGCACAAAAUCACAUGAGUAUCUUGUCCAGCAGCGAUCACGUGAUAAUCUCCAGUGGAACGUUUGGGUGGUGGUGUGCGUGGCUGACAAAGGGUCUCACAAUUUAUUUUAAGGGUUAUCCCAGCCCGGGUUCACAAAUUGGUGUCGAUCUCAAUAGAGCGGAUUACUACCUUCCUGGCUGGGUGGGCUUAGAUAAUUAA